GGAAAAGCAUAAGAACAGAGGAGCUUCAUGAACAAAAGAAAACAACACAGUUCCCACUAUAAAUACAAACUAUCACACUCCCACUUAUCCACAAAGAACUCACUUCCUGACUCCUCCCCAUACUUUGUCUAAACCCAACUUGCCAGUUUUCCAGUUUCUUCUUUAUCCAUUGCUCUGACAUGGCUGAAUUUGCAGCAGAGGUUUUACAGAGCUUCAGACCUCCAUUCCCACUCCUGGAGCUCGAUCCCAACACCGCCAUGGAACAACAAAUCCCUCCAUUCACAGACCUCAACCAUUUCAACAACGACGGUUCAUCCAAUUUGCUCCAUAACUUCCACAGCUUCAACAACAACAGCCCAAUUCCCACAAAUCAAGGGCAAGGCUUCUUCACUCCCCAUCAAAUGCUAGCAUUAACCAUGCCCGAAAAUUACCCCGACGCCUUCCACCAGCAGCAUCAGAACUACAUGAACGUUGUGGAUGGCAAUGGCGGCCCGUCGUCUUCAUCGUCAGUUCCUUUCCACCAACAUCAUCAAUUUCCAGAAAGCAGGAAGAGGAAAAUGGCCCCUGCUGCGGAUCAUUUACAUUUGAUCUCGGCCGAAAGCAGCUCCAUGAACAUCCUGUCCCCCCAGGCGUCCGAGAGUGGCAACAAGAGGAAAAAUGGUUCGAGGAGAGGAGGAGGGAAGAGAGUGAGAAGCAAGGAAGAGGCAGGGGAGGGCUGUGGUGGAAAUGAGAAGUUACACAAGGAAGUGGUUCAUGUCAGAGCAAGAAGAGGCCAAGCUACUGACAGCCACAGUCUAGCUGAAAGGGUAAUUACUUACUAAUUCAUCUGUACUGUAAUGAUGAUGAUAAUUAAGACGUAGGUAAAACACUACUUAAGAUGGUUAAUUUGGUUAUGUACAUGGAAAAACAGGUGAGAAGAGGGAAGAUUAAUGAGAGACUGAGAUGCCUGCAGAACAUUGUUCCUGGCUGCUACAAGACCAUGGGAAUGGCAGUGAUGCUGGACGAGAUAAUCAACUACGUCCAAUCACUACAGAAUCAAGUGGAAUUCCUGUCGAUGAAGCUCACAGCAGCAAGCACAUUCUAUGACUUCAAUGCAGAGACAGAAGCUGUAGAGACACUGCAGAGGGCAAAGUUGCGAGAGGCAAAGGAAGAAGGGAGAGUGAUGAAAGAAGGAUAUGAUGGAGGAUUUUCAUGUUUCCACUCAACGUGGUCUCUUUGACUUCACUUUUGGAUCCUAUCGUUUCCCAAUUUGCCAUACUGCACCAAAGAAACUCAAAUAUAUAUAGUGAUAUUUUGCUUCAAAUAUGUGAACUCUCAUCUCAUGUAUCCUCUAUACUAGAUAUCCAACAAUAUGUAUGAAACAAUU